AAGUGGUAUCAGAGCCAGGUUCCGUUACAGAGAAAUGACAAACGGUGGCAUGGUUUCGUUCCAAGUCUCGAUGCUUAAGGAAAGCAUCUACGACAAUUGGAGUAUCAAGAUGAAGGCACUCCUUGGAGCGCAUGACGUUUGGGAGGUUGUUGAGAAAGGCUACGAUGAGCCAAGUGAUGAGUCUGUUCUAUCCACAACACAAAAGGAUAGCUUACGAGACUUGCGAAAGAGAGACAAGAAGGCUCUCUUCCUCAUCUAUCAAGCUUUAGAUGAAGAUGGUUUUGAGAAGAUCUCAAGUGCUACUUCGGCCAAACUAGCAUGGAAGAAGCUCGAGGUUUCAUAUAAGGGAGAAGAGAAGGUUAAAAAGGUACGACUUCAAACUUUAAGAAGUCAAUUUGAUGUUUUGCAUAUGAAAGAAGGCGAGUUGGUCUCCGAUUACUUUUCUAGAGUUAACAAUUUUGCUAUAGAGGUUAUUGAAAAUCAAGAUACAUUAUCUUGUAAUAAAGAUAAACAAGAUCUUGAGAACAACUUUGAGGAUAUUGAAGCCAAUUCUCCUAAAGCUAAUUUUCUGGUUGUAGUUAAUGAUACUAUGAAUGACAUUAGUGAUAAUAUAGUUGAUCUUCCUGUUACUAAUAUCGUUGAUGAGUGCGGUGAUGAUAAUGAUUUUCCUUAUAAUAAUAUUGAUGAGGAAGAGUUGGCUAAUAAUCUAGCAUUUGUUAAAGAAGAAAUGGAGAAAGAAUGA